AUGGAGCUGGUCAACCACACGAUGGUGACUCAUUUUAUCCUCUUAGGCAUCCCCAACACCGAUGGACUCCAGACCAUCCUCUUCUUCACUUUCUUGGCCUUCUACCUCUGCACCCUGCUCGGCAACAUGCUCAUCCUAUCAGCCAUCUUUGGCGACCCCCGCCUGCACACCCCCAUGUACUUCUUCCUCUGCAACCUCUCCAUCGUAGACCUUGGUUUUUCUUCCGUCAGCAUCCCCAAAUUGUUGGCCAGCCUCUGGGCCAAGAACAGAACCAUCUCGGUAGGCGGGUGCAUGGCCCAGGUCUUCUUCUAUCACUUCCUGGGAAGCACCGAGUGCCUGCUCUGCACGGUCAUGGCCUACGACCGGUACGUGGCCAUCUGCCACCCACUGCGCUACCUGCUCAUCAUGAACCGCAGGAUGUGCUCCCUCCUGGCUGCUGGCACUUGGAUCACCAGCUGCUUCCAUGCCACCAUUCUCACCAGCCUGACCUUCACGCUGCCCUACUGCGGGUCCAACGUGGUGGACUAUUUCUUCUGUGACAUCUUCCCCGUGGCCAAGCUGGCCUGUGCAGACACGUACAUCAUCGAGACCGUGACCUUCACCAACACUGGGGUGGUGCCCACGACCUGCUUCCUUCUCAUCCUAUUGUCCUACGUCCGCAUUGUCUACUCCGUUGUGAAGAUGAACUCAGCCGAAGGGCGGCGCAAAGCGGCCUCCACUUGCACCUCCCAUCUGGUGGUGGUGAUGCUCUUCUUCGGGCCCUGUGCCCUGGUCUACACCCAGCCCGAGCUGAGCACUGUGAUGGUGACGGCCGUGCAGCUCUUUGGCUAUGUGGCAACGCCCAUGCUGAACCCGGUCAUCUACACCCUGCGCAACAAGGAGGUGAAAGCGGCUCUGAGAAAACUGAGAGGGGGUCUGAUGCCUGCACGUUGA